UAGUUAAAAAGAAAAAAAAAAACAAAAAACCGAAUUAAAUAAAGAGAAAACUCUUCGUGUUGAAGAGAGUUCCCUAUCUCCUCCAUCUCCCACCAUCUCCCCCAUCAUCCUCUUCCUUCCUCCCACCUCCUCUCUCAUCUUCUCUCUCCAUUACAUUAUGAGGAGAGGUAGAGUCUCUACCCCCGUCACCGCCAAUCACAACCCAUCCAUCAAGGAGACGCGCUUCAGAGGCGUGAGGAAGAGACCAUGGGGUCGUUACGCAGCAGAGAUUCGCGAUCCCUAUAAGAAAUCUCGCGUCUGGCUCGGCACCUUCGACUCCGCCGUGGACGCCGCACGCGCUUACGACGCCGCCGCUCGUAACCUCCGUGGCCCCAAGGCCAAAACCAAUUUCCCCAUCGAGUCCCCACCUUCUCCUCCCCAAAUCGAUCCGUUUAUGGAUCAUCGGUUAUACGCCGGAGCUUCCUCCCGUCCGACGAGCAGCAGCAUGAGCAGCACCGUCGAAUCCUCCAGCGGACAGAGAAGCUCCGUCGCGAAACCGUUAUCCACGACGGCGAAGAGGUAUCCUAGAACUCCGCCUGUGGUUCCGGAGGAUUGUCACAGCGAUUGCGGUUCGUCUUCUUCGGUUAUCGACGACGGAGACGACGACAUCGCGUCGUCUUCGCGCCGUCGGGAGCCUCCGUCGUUUAAAUUCGAUCUUAAUUUUCCACCGUUGGAUGAUGUUGGUUUAAUCGACGGUGUGGAUGAUAUAUGCACCGAUCUACGUCUCUAAUCCACAGAUCAGUUAUUAUUGAUUAAUCGAAAACAAAAAUUAAUCUUUUUUUUUAUUAAGUUUCUGUUUCGUUGAUCUCAUAAGCUUGUUAGCUGGUUUCUGUUUCUUGUCUGAUGAUGAUAUUGUAAGAGUAUUGAUAUAUGAUUAUAUAUUAUUACACA